AUGACCCAGGUGGCGAUGGAAGAGAAAAUCCUGAUCAACGGCUUGGAACAAGGGAUAGAGCUAACCAAACGAUUGAUGAGCAAUUUCAAACACACUUCUUCAGCUGAAUCCAACAAACCCUUGAUUUCUGAAAUCCUCCGUAUCUACCAGAACGCCAUUUUCAUGUUGAGUUUCAACGAUGACGACAAGAACAUCGUUAAGCGAAGUCAUGACACAGAUGAGAAAGAUUAUAAAAAGAGGAAAAUAUCGGACAAGAAGACAGAGAAAGUUUUUGUUUUUGUCGGAACAGGACAAGAAAAGGAUUCAGUUGAUGAUGGAUACAGCUGGAGAAAGUACGGGGCAAAAGAGAUUAGUGGAUCCAUAAAUCCUAGAGGAUACUACAGAUGCACACAUCAAUUCACGCAGAACUGUUUAGCACUGAAGCAUAUCCAGAAAUCAGACACAGAUCCUUCUAUUUUCGAAGUGACGUAUGCCGGGGACCACACUUGUAAUAACAACAGUGCAUCCCAGGCCACCACGAACUUCCAUGUUUCGAUGUUCGAAGAAGGUAACAGAGCGGGUGAUGUUACAGAGCAACGAGAGGACAUUAAACCGAUAAAAACAGAGCCAGUGGUGGUAAGUCUUGAAGAUCUGGAGAACCAGAGGGAGAACGUUGUCAGGAGGCUUUCUUUCUCCAACUCCAACCAUGAGAAUGUUGGUGAGUGGGAAAGUAAUGUUUUCCUGGGAAACGUGAUGAAAAAUCUGAUGGAGAGUCUGUCUCCUGCAACGAUGUCGUGGUCUGAAAUCACCAGCGAGAUCGCAAAUGCUCCAGCUUCUGUUGAGAACUCGGAAACUGCAUAUUCGUAUUUCUCGUCGUUGGACAAUAUCAUCGAUUUAGGGCAUGAGGAUUGGUGGUGGUCGGCUCGUGACAUUUUGAAUUGGUGAAUUUGUUUUUUCUUUCUCGUGGCAUUAAUUAUAGGUUUUAAAUUAUAAUUUGCCUUUUAGAGACUAGA